AAAAAAAGAAAGAAAGGAAAUGGAUCCAUUAGCAUUAAUUAGAGAAACCACAGCAUAUGUAUCAUCAUUAUCAACACAUGUCAAAAUUAAUGAACAGGAAUUAGUCAGAGAAUGUGAAGAUUUUUUAGAAAAACAUAAAAUCAAACCACACAAGGAGAUUUGGGCAGAUAAUUGGUUCCAUUAUUGUGACAUUGAUAUCGAACACGAAUCAAGCACAUUUACAGAUUUAACAGCAAAAUAUAUUUUAGUUUUAGAUACAUUAAACUUUUGUUUUUGGCCAGAAGAGGGUCUCGAAUACGAACAUUUAGCAAGAGGUUUAAAGAAUGUACUCAUUGCAAAUCCAAAAGCUUUCGAUGCAGAUCAAUUAGCCAAAGUUACCACUGAAACAUUACACAACUGGUUUGGCAGAGAAUUACCAAAUAUCUCUGAACGUGUUAGAUUAGUUAGAGAAGUUGGUACCGUUUUAUUAGCCCAUUUCAAUGGUAGUAUUAAAGAAAUGAUUUUAGCUGCUAAAAAUAAAGCUUCAGUUUUAGUCGAUCUUAUUACCUCAUACUUCUGGGGUUUUAGAGAUAGUGCUGUUUAUAGAGGUAAACAAGUUUUCUUUUAUAAAAGAGCUCAAAUUUUUGUUGGUGAUCUUUGGGGUGCUUAUCAAGGUAGAGGUUUAGGUAAAUUUGACGAUAUUAAACAAUUAACAAUGUUUGCAGAUUACAGAGUACCACAAAUUUUAGAAUCAUUAAAGGUUAUUGAAUAUUCACCAGAAUUAAAAAAGAUGAUUGAACAAAAACAAGAAAUACCAUAUGGUUCAGAAAUGGAGCUCGAAAUUAGAGCAGUUACAGUUCAUUGUGUUGAAAGAAUGAGAGAUUACUUUAAUAAACAUCACUGUGAGCUUUUAGCUUUAGAAAUAGAUUGGAUGCUCUGGGGUAGAGGAGAAGCCAUGUUAGAUAAAUUACCACCACACCACAGAACUUUAACCAUUUUUUAUUAAACAAACAAAUAAACAAAUAAAUAAAUAAAUUUU